AUGCGCGAUGGAGUGGCCACUGUUAUUCCUCCGCCUGAGGUUAAGGUUUUGGAUAAUGGACCCUGGCAUGUCCAGAACAAGCCACUGGUAUUAAGGAAUUGGGUCCCUGGUAUGCAGAAGCUUAGUUUUGAUCUUUCUUUUAUGCCAAUUUGGAUCCAGCUUUAUAAUGUUCCUUUAGAGCUAUAUUCUCGGAAGGGUUUGAGUUACAUAGCGAGUGCCUUAGGUAACCCUCUGUUUAUGGAUUCGGUUACAGCUUCAAAGAAUAGGCUCGAAUUUGCCAAGGUUUGUGUGGAGGUUGAAGAUGGGGUUGUUAUACCUGAUAUUAUUCAUGUUAUUCUAAGUGAUGGAUCCUCUGUUGGUAUUAAAGUGCAUGUACCUUGGCUGCCUAAGUGCUGUGAUAAAUGCAAAUCAUUUGGACAUCAUGUCAAUUCUUGUUCUGUGGAUAGGCAAAUUCCUCAAAAGCUCAAAGAGGUUCAAAUAUGGAGGAAAAAGGAGGUUGCAACGCCUGUAAGUAAGGGGGACUUACCAGAAACUUCUUCUGAUGCUAUAGAGAUUAUUGGUUUAGUUAACAGUUCCAAUGAGGUGAUAGAUUCUCUCUCUGAAAGUGUAAAUAACAAUGCAGAAGGAAUUGUGAGUGGUCUGCAAGUCGGUGUAGUUGUUGAGACUACAGUACAGGCAUUGCAGGAAGCUACUGCGCCUUUUUUGGAAGAAGCCACGCAGGUUUUUACUUCCCCACAGUAUCUUGUUGCUGAUUUGUCGAGUAUUGUGCCCCAGAAGGUGAUUGGCCCUUGUGAGCAGGAUAAGGAUCAUGUUACUGAGGGUAGUUUGGUGGGCUAG